AUGGCUUCAACAGUGACGCUCGCAGAUUACCUCUUUGGGCGCCUGCGCCAGCUGGGUGUUGGCUCGAUCCACGGUGUGCCUGGAGACUACAACUUGGAGCUCCUGGACUACGUCGAACCGGCAGGCCUGCGCUGGGUCGGCAAUGCAAACGAGCUCAACGCCGCCUAUGCUGCCGAUGCCUAUGCGAGGAUCAAGGGCAUCGGCGCCGUCAUCACCACCUUUGGCGUCGGUGAGCUGUCCGCCGUCAACGGCAUCGCCGGAGCCUACGCCGAGUUCGCCCCCGUUGUUCACAUUGUUGGCAUCCCGCCUCGUUCCUCCAUAGACGGCCGCCUCCUGAUUCAUCACACCUUCAACGAUGGCGAGUAUCGUCGGUUCGCCGCCAUGCACGCCCAUGUCACGGUGGCCCAGGCCUGCCUCACCGAUCCGCGGACGAGCGCUGAGCAGAUUGACCAUGUCCUGAGGCAGUGUCUACUGUAUAGCCGACCUGUGUAUAUUGAGGUCCCCGUCGACAUGGUGGCGAAGCCCCUCUCGGCCGGCAGGCUCGAGACCCCCAUCGAGGUUCCACAAGGCGAACAGGACGCUGAACAGAACAAUGUGCUCGAAACGGUUCUCCAGAAGAUCUACGACGCGAAGAAGCCCGUCAUCUUUGUUGACGGCGAAAGCAGACCCCUGGGCAUCUGCAAACAGGCCGAGCAAAUCGUCGAGGGGACAAAGUGGCCGACGUGGACGACGCCCUUCGGCAAAAGCCUGACCAACGAGACGUUGACAAACUUCCACGGCAUCUACCAGGGUAAAUACGACGACCCGGCAGUGCAGAGCUUCAUCGGCGACGCGGAUCUCAUCCUCAUUUUUGGCCCGCACUUCAGUUCCACAAACACCAGCGCCUGGACCAGCAUUCCCAACGAGGACGUCUCGGUCCUCUUCACCACCAAAGGCGUUCAGAUCGGAGGCAAGCUGUUUCGCGACGUAUCAGCCAAGACCGUCGUCUCCCAGCUCGCCAGCGCCCUCGACUUCAGCCGCGUGCCCUCGUACAGCCCCUACCCAGAGCUACCUCGCGACAAGUCCCUGCGCAUCGCCGACAUGCCCAUGGAACGAGCCGCUCGAACAGUCCGCGCUGUGAAGGGCGCCGCGCUGGCCCAGCGGGAGCUCCUCGCAUCCGCCCCGUCCUCUGGUCCGUCGACGCCCAAGACGAUCCUGUUCAUCGGCGACGGCAGCUUCCAGAUGACGGUGCAGGAGAUGGCCACCAUCGUGCGUCUCGAGCUCAACGUUGUCAUCUUCCUCAUCAACAAUGACGGAUAUACGAUUGAACGCUGCAUCCACGGACGGAACCAGGCGUACAACGACGUUUCCCCGCUGCGGUACCUGGAAUCACCGAGCUUCUUCGGCGCCAAGAAGAGCACUUAUACCGCAUCUGCGAGGACAUGGCGCGAGCUGCAGACCGUGCUAGAGAGCGGGGCGCUCCAUGACGAGAAGGAACUGAGGAUGGUGGAGAUCUUCUUGGGGCGGGACGAUGCUCCCAAGGGGCCUCUGCUGCAGUACAUGAUCAGCCAGAAAGAGAAGGAAUCUGCGACAUGA